AAGCGUGAGCGUCAACGUUAGCGCUGUGAGCGCGUAAGCGUCCAAGACGAACGCAUCCAUGAUAUGCACGGUCCAUUCUUUUAUAUGUCUAUGGUCAGCAGCUCUACAAACGUUAUCAAUACGGGCCGCUUAUCAUCCAAAUGCCAAAUGAUUUGUUGUGUUUUUUAUCAAUCAAUUAUCGGUGUUGUAUGAUGUAUUACUAUUAAUUGGUGUUAACAAUUGAUGUAACAAUAAUGUUUUCAUGGUGCUGCCCGGGCCCGUUUGAUUUACAGUGCUAGAUGCAAAUCAAUCGCUUGAUAAUUGCUCCGUCUAAUUGGUUUGAUAUUUUUAAUAUAAACCCGGCGACGACGAUGUUCACCAAGUUCAACAAUAAUCAUCGUCGUUUGUUGUGUUACCGACACAAACUAUUUCCGACGAGUAUGUACUCGAUGUUUUGAAAUCUAUAGAAAUACAAGCUGUAGACGAGGAAACGUGAUCGCAUUGGAUGUGCGUUACAUCGGGACUAUUCUAAUAAUGCCGUAUUAAACCCUUUUAUAUGAUUGAUAUGCAGUUACAUUCGAAUACCAAGUAACUAAUGGAUUUCGUUAAAUGGACAUCAUUGUUAUUCGUAAUAUGGUUCAUAUUGAUCAAGCAAUCGACGCAAACUAAUUUUAUUUUAGAUAAUCAUAAAGGAUAUUGUGCUCAAUAUACUGGAAAAGUGUGUAGAAAAUAUUUGAAUGCUUCAAUUCUCAUAUGGUUUAAUAACACUUUGGAAAAUGAAGGAAGUGAACAAAAUGAAAUUAUCACUACUGGUUUAUGGGAUGAAAUGUUACCAACUUUUUCAAAAACAUGUAAACCAGCAGCUGAGAAAUUACUAUGUUUGUAUGCAUUUCCUCAUUGUAAUCAAGAUACUUACUUUCCACUUUGUUAUGAAGAUUGUAUUGCAGUACGAGAACUAUUUUGCUAUAAAGAAUGGGCUUUAAUUGAAGCUAAUAAACAGAGAGGAAUUUUUUAUAAAUCCAAAGGACACUUUUCUUUACCAUAUUGUGAAAGUCUACCACAUUAUUCACAUAGUGGUAAACCAGUAUGUUCACAUGCUAUGCUCACAGAGUUAAAACAAGAUGAAAUAACUUUUGAUUGUAUUCGUGGAAAUGGACGUUUUUAUCAAGGCUAUGUUAAUGUUACAAAGUCGGGCUUACCAUGUCAAAGAUGGGAUUCUAAAAUACCUCACGAUUUUGUGAGACCACCGAUUGUGUUUCCAGAAGUACAGAAUUCUGAAAAUUAUUGUCGAAAUGCUGGAGGUGAAGAAACUUCUCCUUGGUGUUAUACUAUGGAUCCUGAUGUAAGAUGGCAGAAAUGUAACAUACCUCCUUGUGAUAAAAAUGUGACUGAACUAGUAGAAACGAAAAUGAAUGUUAUUAACAAUGUUACUAUUGUCAAUAAUCUUUCAAUGAUUUUGAACUACAUUGAAACAUUUAUUGAUCAAACAUCAACAACACAUUUGCAUAUAUUCCUUGUAAUUGUUGGAGUUCUGAUAAUUUUAGUAUCGGUCUUAAUAUUAGUGUUAUGUAAUAAGUUAUUAUCAAAUAAAACUUCAUACAGAUCAGCUCAAACUCGGGAAGUUGACAUUGAUCUUGAUAAAUUGCCAAGUAAUUCUGCAUAUCACCAGUAUGGAAUGUGUUCCAACCCAAAAUUAGAAAAACUUGAAUUUCCCAGAAAUAAUAUCAUAUAUGUUAAAGACUUAGGACAAGGAGCUUUUGGGCGCGUAUUUCAGGCCAAAGCACCUGGUUUGUUGAAAGAUGAAGAAUUUACAUUGGUUGCAGUAAAAAUGUUGAAGGAUGAAGCAUCAAAUGAUCUCCAAGUUGAUUUUGAACGAGAGGCUUGUUUAUUAUCAGAGUUUGAUCAUCCUAAUAUUGUUAAACUAUUAGGAGUUUGUGCUUUAGGUAAACCUAUGUGUUUACUAUUUGAAUACAUGGGUCGUGGUGAUUUAAAUGAAUUUCUUCGUUCAUGUGCACCUAGUAAUUACAUUGUACAUUCGACUGAAGCAAGAGGUGAAGUGUUUCGAGAUUUAAACUUAACAAACUUGGAUAUGUUGAAAAUAGCUCAACAAAUUGCUUCUGGAAUGGUUUACUUAUCCGACAGAAAGUUUGUACAUAGAGAUUUAGCAACUAGAAAUUGUUUAAUUGAUGAUACUAUGACUGUAAAAAUCGCUGAUUUUGGUCUUUCUCAAAAAAUGUAUUUACAAGAUUAUUAUAAAGGAGAUGAACAUGAUGCCAUACCAGUUCGAUGGAUGCCGUUAGAAAGUAUUCUUUAUAAUAAGUAUACAGUUGAAUCAGAUGUUUGGGCAUUUGGUGUAUGUCUUUGGGAAAUAUUUUCUUUUGCUCUUCAACCAUAUUAUGGUAUGACACAUGAAGAAGUCGUUAAAUUUAUAAAAGAUGGAAAUGUUAUGAAUUGUCCUGAAAAUACUCCAAAAUUAGCAUAUGACUUAAUGAAACAAUGUUGGAGUCGAAAGCCUGAUUCACGUCCAACUUUCCGUUUAAUAUAUCAGACUUUAGAAAAUGUUCGACAAGGAGUUAUUUGCCAAAUCAAUGGUUUACCUUCACAUGCCCAUUUGUAAAUUCAGUAAAAUGUAAAAAAAAAACAACUUAGUAAUGAUAAAAAACAUCUUUCAAUAUAAGUACUUAAAUAUGUCCACACAUAUCUUUAAGCAAUGAAUACUCAGCUUCCUCAAUGACAAUAAUUUAUUUCAUUGAUUUAACUAUUUUGUUUAAAGACUGUUUUACAAAGUGCAGUAAUAAUUUCUAAGUGAAUUUUUACUGCACAGUUAAUCUUAUUUUAUCAUUUGUAGCAUUUGU